CCACUUCAUAGCCUCCCCAAAACUCUCUACUAGUCCAAGCGGACUUUAGAGCUUUGCCAAAAAAAAAAGAAGUAAAAUAAAAAUGUCACUGAAGCUUUUCCUCUUCUUCUUCCUCCUCCUCCAUGUCUCCGCCGGAAUCUCGUCACCGGAGCCGAACUACUUCAACUCCCUUCUUCCUUCCGACGCAGUCGCUUUACUCUCUUUCAAAUCCACCGCCGAUCUCGACAACAAGCUCCUCUACUCCCUCACAGAGCGUUACGACUACUGCCAAUGGCGCGGCGUCAAAUGCGCACAGGGCCGCGUCGUCCGCCUCGUUCUCUCCGGCGUCGGCCUCCGCGGCUACUUCUCUUCCGCCACUCUCAGCCGCCUCGACCAGCUCCGAGUCCUGAGCCUCGAAAACAACUCCCUCUUCGGCCCGGUUCCCGAUCUCUCCCCUCUCGUCAACCUCAAGUCUCUCUUCCUCAGCCGGAACGAGUUCGACGGAGCUUUCCCUCCUUCGAUCCUCUCCCUCCACCGGUUGAUGAUUCUCUCUCUCUCCCACAACAACUUCACCGGUCAGAUUCCAGCUCAGAUAACCGCUCUCGACCGGUUAACUUCAUUAAAUCUCGAGUUUAACCGGUUUAACGGAACGCUCCCGUCGCUUAACCAGUCGUUUCUCACUUCCUUCAACGUCUCCGUUAACAACUUAACGGGAGUCAUCCCGGUUACAACGACUCUCUCCAGAUUCGACGCGACGUCGUUUAAGUCUAACCCGGGGCUAUGCGGGGAGAUUAUUAACAGAGCUUGCGCUUCUUCACGCUCGCCCUUCUUCGGUUCAAGUAACAAAACGUCGUCGUCUUCUUCUUCUUCGUCGCAAGCUCCGUUGGGGCAAAGCGCUCAGGCGCAGAACGGAGGAGCGGUGGUUAUCUCUCCUGUGGUUUCCAGGAAGAAAGGUAAUAAAGAGAACGGAUUGGUUCUCGGGUUCACCGUCGGUCUCGCUUCUCUCAUCGUCCUCGGUCUCUGCCUCGUCGUCUUCUCUCUCGUUAUAAAGAAACAACACAACGAUAACGAGGUUUACGAGCCGAGUCACAAAGGAGACGCCUCUUCCUCCUCACAACAACAACAACAACAACACCAGAACACAAGAGCUGUUCCAGUUUUGAAUCCGAACUCAACAAACUCAAGCUCCGUGGAGAAGCUUCAGUUCCAAGCCACCACCACUGAGCCGCAGAGCCGAGUCCCGAACAGCGGGAAUCUGAUCUUCUGCGGCGGAGGGGGGGAGACGAGUCAAGGGAUGUACACUCUGGAGCAGCUGAUGCGAGCUUCGGCGGAGCUUCUGGGGAGAGGAUCGGUGGGGAUUACGUACAAGGCGGUGUUUGAUAAUCAGCUCAUCGUGACGGUGAAGAGGCUUGACGCGGCUAAGACGGCGGUGACGAGCGAGGAGGCGUUCGAGAACCACAUGGAGAUUGUUGGUGGGCUCGGUCACCAGAAUCUUGUUCCGAUUAGAGCUUACUUUCAGUCUAACGGAGAGAGACUCAUCAUCUUCGAUUACCAACCCAAUGGAAGCCUUUUCAAUCUCAUUCACGGUUCUAGAUCCUCGAGAGCAAAGCCAUUACAUUGGACAUCAUGUUUGAAGAUUGCAGAAGAUGUUGCUCAAGGCUUAUAUCACAUUCACCAAACAUCGUCAGCAUUGGUCCAUGGAAACCUUAAAUCAACAAACAUCCUCCUCGGACAAGACUUCGAAGCUUGUUUAACUGAUUACUGCCUCAGCGUCUUAACAGAUUCCUCUUCUUCUUCUAAUGAUGAUGAUCCUGACUCUUCCUCUUACAAAGCCCCUGAGAUCAGAAAAUCAUCUCGUAGACCAACUUCCAAAUGCGACGUCUAUUCGUUCGGUGUCUUGAUCUUUGAGCUUUUGACCGGUAAGAACGCAUCUAGGCAUCCGUUUAUGGCUCCUCAUGAUAUGCUUGAUUGGGUUAGAGCGAUGAGAGAAGAAGAGGAAGGUGCAGAGGAUAAUAGGCUUGGGAUGAUGACUGAAACAGCUUGUCUUUGCCGUGUGACGUCCCCAGAGCAAAGACCGACGAUGAAACAAGUGAUCAAGAUGAUUCAGGAGAUUAAGGAGAGUGUUUUGGCGGAAGAGAACGAUCCUUUCCAGUGAAACGAAUCUCGUAGGGCUUCCUCCCACCAGUUUUCCCAGUGGAGGGGGUUAAUUUAGUCAAAAGGAGAGUAUAGAUGCGUAAAAUGUAAUUUUCUUAGGAUGUGGGGUCGGAUUUGUAAUAUCGUUGAACUUUGCAGAGCAAAAGUCAAACAAAGAUGCUUUUUUUGUCUU